AUGGAAGACGCAGAACUUGAACAGAUCCGCAAGGCUCGUCUGGAGCAGCUCAAGGCGCAAUCAGGCGGGGGAUCCGGCGCGGCAGCCGGCGCUGGAGCAGGCAGCUCAGGUCAAGGGCAGGCCGAGCAGAAGAGACAGCAAGAAGCCGAAGCCCGCCAGUCCAUUCUCAACCAGAUCCUCCACCCCGAGGCGGCUGACCGCCUGGGACGCAUCCGGCUGGUCAAGGAGGAGCGGGCGACCGACGUCGAGAACAGGCUGAUCAUGCUGGCGCGGUCGGGCCAGCUGCAGCAGAAGGUGACCGAGGCUCAGCUCAAGGAUCUGCUCUCCGCUGUGUCUGCAAACCAGGAGAAGGAGAAGAUUGUGGUGAGCCGGCGCAAGGCCUGGGAGGACGACGACGACGACCUGCUGGAUUUGUAA